AUGCGCCGUUGAGAUGCUAAACAAUCGACCAAUCGUAGUAGGAUUGGGUUUCUAGGCUUUUUGGCCUAUGAUCCGUGGGCGGGGUUGAAUGUUGUCCAAUGAAAACAAGACAAACGUAAGGGAUCGUCAGAAUGUGGAGCCAAUGGGAGGAUAUUACGCGGAGCACGCCGGGAUAAUGGAGAAUUUUUCCGCUCUCUUCGGUGGGGCAGAACCACCUCCGUCCACUGCUACUGCUGCGCUGGGGUUUGGGUCAGGAAAACCAGGAGGGCCUGGGAGCGGGCCGCCUCCCGUACCUUCGGUGGCCGCCGUCGGAGAGGAAGCAGCGCGCAAAGCGGCGGCGGCGGCGGCGGCAGCCAGCCCUUUUUACUUGAUGCGCGAGUUACCAGGCACCACUGAAUUAACAGGAAGCACUAAUCUCAUCACCUAUUAUAACCUGGAGCAUGCUUACAACAAGUUUUGUGGCAAAAAGGUGAAGGAGAAGCUCAGUAAUUUCCUGCCUGACUUGCCAGGGAUGAUAGAUCUGCCAGGCUCUCAUGACAACAGCAGUCUUCGCUCCCUCAUUGAGAAGCCCCCCAUCUGUGGGAGCUCAUUCAACCCUAUAACUGGUACAAUGCUCACAGGUUUUCGUCUCCAUGCAGGCCCGCUGCCAGAGCAGUGUCGCUUAAUGCACAUCCAGCCACCUAAGAAAAAAAACAAACACAAGCACAAGCAGAGCCGUACACAGGAUCCUGUCCCUCCAGAAACACCUUCAGAUUCUGAUCACAAGAAAAAGAAGAAGAAAAAAGAGGAUGAUCCUGAGCGGAAAAGAAAAAAGAAGGAGAAAAAGAAAAAGAAGAACCGGCAUAGCCCCGAGCAUCCAGGUGUGGGCAGCUCUCAAGCCAGCAGCAGUAGCAGCCUCCGAUAAAGUUCUGCCAGAAAGUGUGAUGGGGAGAGUGCUCCAGGAAGGUACUGGGAGCUUGCUGGAAAAAGGAUGAGCGAUGAUGGCAGAACCACUGCUGACUCAUAUACUUUCACUUUGUGGAGCGACAUGUUGAAGACAACUACUAAAUGGACCUUCUGGGACUCCAUUGGUGUCUGUCUAGGGAACACAGACUGCCUGGGACUUGAAACAAGCAAAUGUCUUUUGUCAGAGAUCUUUGCCCAUUUUAGGGGGGGGUUUUUUUUGGGGGGGGGGAGGGGGUUGGUACAAAAUGAUCCUAAGUUGGGAUGUCCCUGUCUCAGAUUUUAAUUAAAUCUCUAUUGGAGGAGAUGCUAAUGAUUGAAGGAAUCCUGGAGGCGGCCUCCUCAAGUAAUCUAGAGCUUUGUAAGUAGCUCUGUAAUCUGCUGCAGAUACACAGAUAAUUCCACUGAUGCAUUCUUAUUCAUGGGGCACAGCUUCUGAUUACUCCUGGACAGGCUAAUAACCUGAUUGCAGUAAGCAGCUCUCUCUGAAUAGAAUAUGACAAGAGAAGGCAGCACAUUGAUGAGAAGACGGUGGAUUAACUGUGCUGUGUAGAUAGAGAAGCUGCUCUUGCCCUUAAAAACCAAAUGGAGGCCUCAAUUCUUUCUGAAGGCCUCUGCUUUGUAGACUUGCACUGUUGUUACUCUCCUAUGUUGCUCUGCUUACGUAUGAGUUGCUUACUAAAGGAUCAUACAGAGGAGUUUUCUUUGGAGUGACCUUUGGUGCAAAUUUCAAGUUGAUCAGUUUAGGGGAAAGGAAGGGAAAGGAAUCAGGCAGUUCCUGUGGAACCACUUCUAGCGCAGAACAUCUGGUAAACUGUACCUGCUUAUGCAAAUACCCUUCAUUGGCUGUAGGCAAAUACAGCAAUUGGCGGCAAGCUGGAGCAUAAUCAGUCUGGUGUGAUGUGUAUUCUAGAUUCCAAGGGCUGGGUGGGGAUCUCUUCACUUCUUAGGAGGAUAGUAAAAUGUCUGAACACUUGGAAGUUUUAUGGAAAGUUCAUAAAGUUUAAGGAAGGAAAAAGAAGUAAUGAUUGGACUGUAAAUCAUAAUGGUGUGGUAAGGUGGAUGUCUCCAUAUUGCCAUUUUCAAAACAAGUUGACUAAUCAGUGUGCUUGCAAGAUGGUUGGCAUUUUCUGAUGGUUCCUACAAACAAGCAAGAUGACUGCCAAGUGAGGACUGUUGGUACUUCUGCAUCUGUAUCUUGCACCCUAGUUCCUUCGUCAUCUUUCUCCCUUGUGUCCUCCUGAGUUCCAUGAUGGAGUGAUAUGGAAAAA